GGGCGGGGGCUCGGCGCGGGCCCGCGAGAUGCCGGUGUUGGCGGCCAGAGCGGCUGCAGUUGCAGCGGCGGGGGAGGCGGCGGCGGGGCCCGGUAGAGGGGUGGCGUGGGGGACCGGCGCGUAGCCGGGACCAUGGAGGGGCAGAGCGGCCGCUGCAAGAUCGUGGUGGUGGGAGACGCAGAGUGCGGCAAGACGGCGCUGCUGCAGGUGUUCGCCAAGGACGCCUAUCCCGGGAGUUAUGUCCCCACCGUGUUUGAGAACUACACCGCGAGCUUUGAGAUCGACAAGCGCCGCAUUGAGCUCAACAUGUGGGACACUUCAGGUUCCUCUUACUAUGAUAAUGUCCGGCCUCUGGCCUAUCCUGAUUCUGAUGCUGUGCUCAUCUGCUUCGACAUUAGCCGACCAGAAACACUGGACAGUGUUCUCAAGAAGUGGCAAGGAGAGACUCAAGAGUUCUGCCCCAAUGCCAAGGUUGUGCUGGUUGGCUGUAAACUGGACAUGCGGACUGACCUGGCCACACUGAGGGAGCUGUCCAAGCAGAGGCUUAUCCCUGUUACACAUGAGCAGGGCACUGUGCUGGCCAAACAGGUGGGGGCUGUGUCCUAUGUUGAGUGCUCCUCCCGGUCCUCUGAGCGCAGCGUCAGGGAUGUCUUCCAUGUGGCUACAGUGGCCUCCCUUGGCCGUGGCCAUAGGCAGCUGCGCCGAACUGACUCACGCCGGGGAAUGCAGCGAUCCACUCAGCUGUCAGGACGGCCAGACCGGGGGAAUGAGGGCGAGAUACACAAGGAUCGAGCCAAAAGCUGCAACCUCAUGUGAGGGGCUAGGAGAGGGCAGAGUGUGAAGAGGGGUGGUGAGGGACACAAUUGUUCCCCUGCCUGCGCCCAGGCUUCUUGACCUCCUGAUCCUGGCUGGGAAGUCAGGGCAGGCAGAGCGAGCAAUUCUGGGCAGGGGAGCUGGAGGGCAGAAGGGUAUCAUCGUUUCUCACCUCCUCCUCCCUCCUCUUCUCCAGUGGAUGUUGAGGGAACUAACAGGGCUGGCAUCUGGGGCAUGAACUGGGAUGCGGCAGGUGGGCGUUAGGGAAGCUGGUAUCAAAUGGUGACCUUGGUGGAGUCUCCUAUGUGAAGAGUACCCUCCCUCUCCACCCCCAGUCCCCAUAUCCUGGUUCUGGCCCAAGGAAAAUGUCCAUUCUAUGACCUUCUCUUUUCCUCUCCUCUCACUUCUGCAGCUAUUCUCACACAUCUAACCUCUAGGCAACAUGCACUAAAUUCAAAAGCAAGGAUAAGCCCUUGCCCCCCAUCAGUCCACCAGCCCUAGAACCUCCCUUGCCUCAACAGUCACCCAAUAAAGCCCACGUCCAUGGAAAA